AUGAACCCCCCGAAUUUACCCACGGGAAAACCUUAUUCGUUUCUAAUGAACAAAGAACGUCCAUUCUCACGCCAAAACCCUCUCACAGUCAACAAAGAAUCCCGCAAGAUCACCAAGAAUCCGCCAUUGCCAAAACCUCGGAAAAUGAUCAAGCAGAUAGAAGAGCCUCGAAUUAUCUAUACCGUGCCUCAAAGAGUCAUCCACGCUUCUCCCCAGGACUUUAAAGACAUCGUCCAGCGCCUCACCGGUAUCGAACAACCUACCGGAGACAGUAAAGUUUCGCCCGCAGCGAGGCUUGCGUCGAGCGAAAGAACGAGUCCGGAGAGGAAAGAAAGGCCUUUUUGGAGUAAUGGAGAUGAUGACAUGAUGCGGAUGUUGGAUAGUGGGGUGCCAAUGAGUCAGUUUCCAGGAAUCGUAUUGCCAGAGCCGGCGGUUUUGCCGCCGUUGCCUUAUGAGAAUUUUUUGCCACCGGAAAUGCCGCAAAUGCAGUAUAACAAUUUUUUGCCACCGGAAAUGCCGCAAAUGCAGUAUAACAAUUUUUUGCCACCGGUUUUGCCGCAAAUGCAGUAUAACAAUUUUUUGCCACCGGUUUUGCCGCAAAUGCAGUAUAACAACUUUUUGCCCCCAAGAUUGCCGCAACAACAGUAUAACAACUUUUUGCCCCCAAGAUUGCCGCAACAACAGUAUAACAACUCUUUGCCGGUACUAUUUCCACCAGUUACUUCAGAGAGACUUAUGCAGUUAACAACAUCGGAGAUAUUUCCUCCUGUGAAUAAUGUACCGAUACCUCCAGAUUCUUUCUUGCCAAACACUUGGCAGGAGAAACCGUCUAAUAUUUUCUCGCCUGACACUGCCUUGCCGUUAGAAUUUUUUCCGCCAGAGAGAUUGCCAUCGACACAGUCGGAUAAUUUGUUGCCAGACAAUUGGCAUCCGUCGGAUAUUUUAUCGUCAGACAAUUGUCAACCGUCGGAUAUUUUAUCGUCAGACAAUUGUCAACCGUCGGAUACUUUCACGCCGGUGACAUUGCCAUCGGCAGAGUCAGGAAACUUCUCGCCAGACAAUUGGUCACCGUCGGAUAUUUUUUCGGCAGACACCUGUGAACCGUCGGAUAUUCUGUCGCCGGUGUUACCAUCGACACAAUCAGACCCUUGUCAACCGAUACCGUUGGAUAAUUUUUCGCGGGCACCGUUGCCACCAACACCAUCAGACAAUUGGCUACCGUCUGAUACAUUCUCACCGGAGACAUCACAACCGAAACCGAAUGAGGUAUUUUCACCGGUUUUAGGCCGGCAGUCGCAGACGGUGUUGUCUUAUGAUGGCGUUUGGCCUGAGAACAGAAUCUUUGCAAAACCGCCUGAAUUUGUUCCUGCUGAUGUUGUUCCACCACAUACGCGGUGGAACUAG